AACACAAUACAUAUUUUAUAUUUGGGAGAACAUGUAAACACUAUAUAUCAGUUUUCCAUCUAUCAUAUAUUCCUACAGCCUGGGGGGGACAUGGUCUCCUGACGUCAGUGUGUACGGCCCUGGAUCUGGCCUCUUAUUUCUUUCCUUAUGCUUCCAUUUUUUUUUUUGGUGGCGGGAAAGACGACAUGUUGUCACCUUCAUGUCGCCACACUGUGCUGUCACAGUUCGUACAAACGGUCCGGUACACACAGUACAGCCAGGGUAACUCCCGCCGGCCGCGGGCUCCGGUGUCUCGGUGCUGCCUUCACCGUUCAAACCCUCCGUUACUCGGCCGAGGUUAAAGUGGGAAGAGCGGAAGGAGGAGGGAGGAGGAGGAGGAAGAGGAAGAUCCUGCCUUCCGUCAGACGGAGUUUAGACACUUUGAGGAAACUUUUUUUUACCAACCUUUCUGUGAUGUUUGUGUAAAAAGCUCCGCAGCCUCGCGCCGCGGUCAGGACACACAGCGAGGGCGGCGGGCUUCAGCGAGCGGCGGGGUGACAUGUCGGAGGGAUCCGGGGCUCCGGGGCCGUCUGGAUGUGACUGAAGGUGGGUGAAACCCUCCGAGAGUCCCGCUGCUGACAGGAGGAUGGAGGAAGAGAAAGAGACGUCCGAGGAGAAGGAGGAGGAGGAGGAGGAGGAAGAAGAGCUUCAUCAUCAUCAUCACAUUGCAGCAGCAGCGGCGGCGGCGUCCUCCGUGGACUACCAGGGCCUUCCCAUCAUGCACUGGGAGGACCUGAGCCAGCGGAUAGCAGAGCUGGAGAAACAGGAGCAGGAGAGGAGGGAGAGGUCAAAGAGGGGGACGGGGCUGAGGAUGGAGGACGGUCGGGGGGGAGUGUGGAGAGACGUGUGGGAGGAAGAGGACGAAGACUUCAGGAGGUGUCGAGUCUCCGUCGUCACAUCACGAUUUCACAACCACAGAAACCUGCAGCUGUGCUUCAUCAACAACAGCGACAGCGAAGACGACGACGAAGGAACCAACAAAAAGGUUUCCAUGGGAACGGGGCACAACGGUUGCCAUGCCACCGGGCUGAAACAGGAAGUGGCCACGGCUCUGAGGACACUGCGAGACAAACUGCUGGCUGAACAGAGAGAGAAGGAGCGUCUGGCCGGCAGCAGCUGUGUCACUGAGCGGAAACAUCUGGAGCAUUGGGAGCUGCAGGAGCGUUCAGUGCAGCAGCUCAACAGUCUGAAAGCAUCACUGCAACAGGAAGUCCACGCCCUGAGCUCGGAGCUGGUGGCCCACCUGUUGGUACGAGACCAGCUGAGGACAAAGCAGGACGCCAUGCUGCUGGAUGUCCAGGACCUGACCUAACACCGUGACCACAGACUUGGGCGUUGUGGGACCAAGCUGGACCGCUCGUCUACGUCAGCCCAGGUGUCACUAACUUCAAUUUAACGUCCGCUGAGCUGCUACUUUAUUUAAAUCUCCGGCGUAGAGGACAAUACGACUGGAUGGUCAGGUUCAAAGGAAACUGAAUCACCUGGAAACCUUAAAGGUGGUACAGCGUCGCUUUGAGGUCGAAUUGACAGACUUCACACUAACAGACAGGAAGUGACAUCAUUACACGUCCAAAGGAAACAUGAGUCGGUACACGGCAGCAGGUCUAUACGUAACGACGAGCAGGUGCAACAUUGAAAGUCUCAGUUUGAACUUAACAAAGGAUCAAAGAUUUCAGUGGAUCAAAGCCAAAUCCAAAUCUCCAAUCAGCUGCAGGCUGGUGAGGACAAACCAGCCAGGGCGACAAGGCCUGUAAAACAUUUGGAGGAAAGACAAACACACGCCAGCUCCUGGAUUCUAUCAUAAUUUCUCCAAAACUUUGGAUCCAUGUCGUGGUUUUUGGACGACCCAUCGAUAAACUCAGGAUCUGUUUUCAAAUUUGGGUCCAGUUUCAGUCGUGUUGUUCCUGGAAACGUCCUCCCUGAUGACACCAGGAUACACAAGAAAUUUAAGCUAAAGAUGAGGGGUAGUAGGCCAGUUUUCAUGCAUGGAUUAGCAGAUGACAUUUUCUCGCCCACAAAUAGGAAGCAGAUAAUAGAUGGAUGGUUUUAUAAUGCUAACACACAAAGAGGGAGUAACAUAAUUCGAAGAUGUGACGGGCUGAUAUAAUGUGUUACAGGUUAAAAAACAAUCACUGAACGACUAUCUUAAGUUUUUAAAGAUGGUGGUGUGAUCGAAUCGUGAAUCAUAAGGCCCUGGAAACCUUUUUCCUCCAUCAGCUUCUUACUAUAAACAACACCAUCACGGACAUAUUUCCUGCUGCAGUUUGUUGAUAUAAUAUUCGAUAAACCAAAAUAUAACAACUCAUUUGACCGAUAAUCGAUAUAUCCACUUUUUCCCCGCCUAAUUUUAGUCUCCUCUGUAGUGGAAUUAAUAUCAUAUUAUACAUGUAUACUCUUAAGGUGACGGCCCAGCAGCAGAUGGAGACAUAAAACACUGUUCAGUGUCUGUAAUAUUCAUUCUUUGUGCUAAGUAAGAAAAAGCAUGUUGGCUGAUACCGAUAAUGUGCCGAUAUUAUCGUACAUCCCUACCAAAAUUACCUCAAUAUUCUGUCCUGUGUGCUGCAGUCGGCUCCCGAGGAUGGACGGCGUGGGAAGCGGGCGGCUUGCUGGUGGAUUUAAGAAGCGGAGGAUGAAGUUGUCGGAGGGUAAAACUACAAACGAUGAACAUUUUGGCUCGUCAGGGGUUGGUAAGCUAACGAUUAUCAGAACUAUCAGAACUCAGCCUCUUUCACUCCACGCCAAUAUCAACUGAUACCGAUGGCGUGCCGAUAUUAUUGUGCAGCCCUUAUAUAUAUAUGUAUACAUA